CGUGGCGUCUGAUUGGCGCCCGGGGAGGAAGAGAAGGAGGGGGCGGCAAUGUGUGAAAACGGUUGGCGGAUUGCCAAAGCGCACCACGUGGCCCCUUUGCUUCAUUCUGAUUGGUUUGCAUCCGAACAGCCUCCUUGUUGUCGUCAUGUCGAGGAACGUUUCUUGAAAUGUUAGCCCAGGUCUCAAAGGGAUCUUAUUCAUUCAUUUAUUUUUCGUUAAUUGCUCUCUGAUGACAUCGCCGCCUGAAGUUGAAAGGUCAAAUCCGCUGUUAUUGCGCCCUCUAGUGCACAACAAGUGCGGUUUUAAGUACACUUUUAAGGAGUAAACAAAAACAUACAUGUAUGUAUUUGGUUUUGUUGUAGCAUGCGGUCCUUAGCUUCACAUCCAGAAACAUAAACUUCAUAGAAGCGUAGCAGUUAGCAUAGCUGCUAGCACAGCUAGCACUUUACCUGGCCAACUUCCUGGUCAGUGCAUUGUUUAAUGUUACAUUCAUUUUCUACCGCUUUUCCUCACGAGGGUCGCGGGGGGUGCUGGAGCCUAUCCCAGCUGUCUUAGGGCGAGAGGCGGGGUACACCCUGGACUGGUCGCCAGCCAAUCACAGGGCACAUAUAGACAAACAACCAUUCACACUCACAUUCAUACCUAUGGACAAUUUGGAGUGGCUAAUUAACCUAACAUGUUUUUGGAAUGUGGGAGGAAACCGGAGUACCCGGAGAAAACCCACGCAUGCACGGGGAGAACAUGCAAACUCCACACAGAGAUGGUGGGAAUUGAACCCUGGUCUCCUAGCUGUGAGGUCUGCGCACUAACCACCAGACCGCCGUGCCGCCCUGUUUAAAGUUACAAUGGUUACAAAUGGUACGGUCCUUGUUCUGGUCUGAGUGACUGGACGUCUUGCUGACCUGGAAUACUACUGUUUACUUUUACUUUCGGUCAUUUGUGACCUUGGUGUGACCAGUGCCACCUGUUGGUUGCUUCCUAUUCAAGCUCACACACACACACACACACACACAAACACACACAGAUUCUUAAUCCUAUCAAAGCUGCCCGAGUGCGAGUGCAUGUGUGCUGACUCGACUAAAUGAGUGGUGUUGAUGCAAAAUCUUCCUUUCGUCACUUCACCUUGUUUUUUUUUUUUUUUGUUCGUGUCCAUUCAGGUGAUAUUUAAUUGGACCGGUUCACAAUUGCAAAGUUGAAAACGUGCACCAAAGUUUCGUUUUGAUGGAGGUGCUACACUCGUGCGUGUGCACAUUAUCAUCCCUGCUCUAAUCUCUUUAUCUCGGCCUGGCCGACCGACCGACCGACCGACCGACCGACCGACGGACGGCUGACGGCUUCUGCUACGUUCUGAAAACUUUGCACAUUUUCUUUCCGGGUUUAAAAGUUGUUUUGAGCGUCGAGGACGAUGGGUUCCACGUCUGUUUUUAUGGCUGUGGCUUCUCUGAGGAGGCGGCUGCAGUAGAGGACGUCAGCGGGAGCACAUUAUCAUCCGACAGAGAAGCACCUCAUGGCCAAGGUGGCACCAUUGGAUCCGCCAGUUCUGGUUCUGGAGGCCAUGGACAAUGCGGAGGCUGACAGGGAUGUCGAAUUUGUGUUCAACUGCAACAAUAGCAACAACAAGAAGGAUGAGAAGAAGAAGAAGAAAAAGAAGAAGAAGAUGAAAGAGAAGAAGAAAGAGAAUGAGGAGAAAGAGGAGAAGAAGGAGCCAGUUGUGCGAGAGAUCACGGUGAUGGACCCAGCAGGGAACGGAUACUAUCACUGGCUGUUCAUCAUCACGGUUCCUGUCAUGUACAACUGGACCGUCAUCAUCGCCAGGGCUUGCUUUGAGGAGCUCCAGAUGGACUAUGUGGUCUAUUGGUUCCUUUUGGACUUUCUUUGUGAUUUUGUGUACCUCGCUGACAUGGUCUUCAGAACCAGGACGGGCUACCUGGAACAGGGUCUUCUCGUGAAGGAUGAGCAGAAACUAUAUGAACGUUACACUAAGAGCUUCCAGUUCAAACUGGACCUGGUUUCCAUGAUCCCAACCGAUGUUCUGUAUGGUCUGCUGGGACUUAACUACCCAGAGAUCCGUCUCAAUAAGCUGCUGAGGUUCAACAGGAUGCUGGAGUUCUUCCAGCGGACCGAGACCAGAACCAACUACCCCAAUGCGCUGAGGAUCUCUAACCUGGUCAUGUAUAUCCUCAUCAUCAUCCACUGGAAUGCCUGCCUCUACUACUCCUUCUCCAAGGCCAUCGGUUUUGGCUCAGAUAGAUUUGUGUAUCCUGACCCGACGGAUCCCGAGUUCGGGCGCCUCGUGAGGAAGUACGCCUACAGCAUGUACUGGUCCACACUGACGCUCACCACCAUCGGAGAGACUCCACCCCCUGUGGAGAACUCAGAGUACUUCUUUGUGGUCACGGACUUUUUGGUCGGUGUGCUGAUCUUUGCCACCAUCGUGGGCAAUGUGGGUUCCAUGAUCACCAACAUGAACGCUGCCCGUGCCGACUUUCAGGCCCGCAUUGACGCCAUCAAGCAGUACAUGAGUUUCCGCAAGGUAACCAAGGAUCUGGAGAAGCGGGUCAUCAAGUGGUUCGACUUCCUGUGGACCAACAAGAAAGCGGUGGACGAGCGUGAAGUGCUCAAGUUCCUUCCGGACAAACUCAGAGCAGAGAUCGCCAUCAACGUGCACCUGGAUACGCUCAAGAAGGUGCGUAUCUUCGCCGACUGUGAGGCGGGGCUGCUGGUGGAGCUGGUACUGAAGCUGCAGCCUCAGGUCUACAGUCCUGGAGACUACAUCUGCAAGAAGGGCGACAUCGGCCGUGAGAUGUAUAUCAUCAAAGAAGGAAAGCUCGCCGUAGUGGCCGACGACGGCAUCAAACAGUUUGUGGUCCUCAGUGAUGGAAGCUACUUUGGCGAGAUCAGUAUUCUGGCCAUCAAAGGCAGCAAAGCAGGAAACAGACGGACGGCAAACAUCCGCAGCAUCGGUUACUCCGACCUCUUCUGCCUUUCCAAGGACGACCUGAUGGAGGCGCUAACCGAGUACCCCGAUGCCAAAGCCUUGCUGGAGGAAAAGGGGAGACAGAUCCUGAUGAAAGACGGCCUGCUCGACUUGGAGGUGGCGGCACAGGGUCCUGACCCCAAGGAGAUGGAGGAGAAGGUGGACUUUAUGGCCAGCACGCUGGACGUCCUGCAGACGCGUUACGCGCGUCUUUUAGCCGAACAUGAAGCUACUCACAGCAAGCUCAAGCACAGAGUCAGCAGACUGGAGAGGAAGCUGCCGCCACCCCACCCCACCCAGCCGGGCCAUGCCCCGCCCCCAACACCUGAUACACAGCUCAGCAAAUGACAAACAAUUAAAUGAUAUGUGAAUUUUCUUCAUGUUUGUUUUAGUGAGCCGCAAUGGAGGGCUAUGGUCUUUGGUAAGUUAAUUAGUAUACUAAUUAGUAUACGGUAUUGUCACUUAUACUUGUGACAAUACCGUACUUGCUAGCAAAGACUCACAGUGUAUGCUGUCUCAAGAGUUUUGUACUGAUUCAGGAUUCACUUCUUCUCGUCUCGGUUAACUUCUUCACUUACUCUGCUACUGCUAGCUAAUAUUUAAAUAAGGAAACAUGUCAUUAUUUGUGCAAAUGUUACUCUAAAACUGCAUUUGUAUAAAUGUAUUAGCCCUGUGGGAAAAAAAACAAGAGAUCUCGGCCUUUGCCCUUCCUACCCGAGUUGCAUCAUGGGUGCUCCACGACUCCCAGGUGCUCGCCAAACAAUUCAACUGCUGAACUUGUGGUAUGUGCGAGUUUCUGUUCGAGUACCCGAUUCACUUCAGUGAGUGACUCACAAGAAUUUGAGUCAGUAAAGUCACGUUUUUCCAUCGGUAGGGCUUGUCACAAUCACCGAAGCGAGGGGAGUCAACUUAAGUUAAAGGAAAUCAGCGACAAUGUGGGGCAGUCUCAGAUUUCACAAUAAACUGACUUUACCCGCAAUAGAUUUGGUGUCAGGACUCUUUUAUGAAUUCAUUCAUUCUAUUUCCGGAAGACAGUUGACGUUUACUCGUCUAGAGCCUUUAUUUCAAAUAAUUACAAUUUAAAAAUCCUGGUUUUCUGUAGCACAGGGAGAUGUGAAGCAAUACUCUAGAAAUGACAUUUACUGUGAUCCCUUGUUGAUUGUUAUUAACUGCUUUCAGGCCUGACAGCAAAAAGUGAAUUU